CCCCUGCUCGAGCCGGAGCUCUCGUUGCUCAUUGGCUCUUUUCUACAGACGGCGGGAGAAACGACAGUUUAGCAGAAAGCGAUCAAAGCCGCUCGCUAGUUACAAGAGAUCGACACAUCAUGGGGGACAAUGAGGAAUCUACAGGUUCAGACAUCAUGGAGGACAACGAGGACACAGCAGCGGCAUUAAACGUCCAGUGCUCUCCCUCCAACUCCACCACAGAUGAGUGCGGCACUCAGGAUGACUAUUCUCUGUCUACUGUUGUACGGUCCCCAACCUGUGCCCGCUGCCGCAAUCAUGGCAUCACGGUCCCAUUAAAAGGCCACAAGAAUACCUGCCAGUUUCAGGGCUGCCAGUGCAACAAAUGUAUCCUUAUUCUGCAGAGGCGUCGUGUCAUGGCUGCCCAGGUGGCUCUGCGCAGACAGCAGGAGACGGAGUUGAGGAAGCAGCUGCAGCUUCGGAACAGCAGCCCACCAGAGUCCCUCCACUCGGCCAAGCCACUGAAAGGGGUCAAGCCAUGUAGGGGAGGGACAGGCAAGAAGGAGAAUGAAGAGCCCGCAAAAGACUCAGAGGAUGGACUCAGAGGGACUGCAGGACUUCUGAGACGCCAGAGGCGAAGAGCUGCCAGGAAAGAAAGUUCCUGGUUGCCGCUCCCUCACUGCCCUAAAGUGACAGAGCUGCCCUGGACCCUUGGAGGACGUCAGCCACCUCCUACUCCUUGGUUCCCACCUCCUCUUCCUAUGCCCCCUGCAUCCUUCUGCCAGUUCUUGCCUCAGGAACAUUCCUUUAAUCUUCAUUCUAUGGGAGGUUGUGAUUGCGGCGAAGCUUUGUAUAUGCCAGACAGUUACAUGGCAGCCCCGGGACCGAUGUUUCACCAGGCCCCUGGCACCUCCUGGUGUUUUCCUGCAUCGACUGACCUGCCCAGUCGCCUGGCCCUGAACCCCCUGAAUAGCAACAUGGAUGUGAGCAGACGUCCAAAGGUUGUCCCUUUGGGAGGACAGCCAACCUCCUCCGCCCACGUUUCUGUCUGGCCCACCAGAGGAUUCAUCUUUUCACCUCUGUCUGAGCAACAGCUCCAGAAAGAGGCUGCCGAAGCCCUGAUGGUGCUGAGAAAUGCCCCCCAGUCAGGUCCCAUCCUUGCCACUUCAGGUCUUCUGCCCCCAGCCAGCUCUGCGCCUGCUCUGAUGACGUCAUCAACGUUCUCUCGCUCCUCAGAGGUGGUUCACAGCCUUGGGGUGUCCAGUCCCUUCCAGCAGCAUCCCUCCUAUUUCAUGCCUCCAUAUGGCAUUCAUGCAGUAAAGGCCUCCCGGGACCUCACGUUGAAAGGGACCCAGAUGCCCCCAGAACCAGUUAGUGCUGCUCACGGAGAACAGGUCCCCGGGCCUCUCUUCCUUCCUCUUCUCCAUGGCAGUACUCUCCCCCAGCAGUACAAAAAUGUCCGCCUGUUCUCAAUUGCACCAUCCCGGGGUCCCCAGGUGGCCACUUCGCUAAUGGUCUCCAGCAUCCAAACGAUCAAACCCAGCCUAGGAGGCCCUGCCAGCAUCAGCCACCACCACCACCACCACCACCACUUUGCCCCAAACUUGGCAGCCUAUCACACACCUGCCAGCUCCGCAUCCAAGACCAUCUGCAUGCCACAAGCUAUCGAUGCUCGGUGGAGUUCAGAGGUCAAUGCUGAAAUCCCUGCCCCACCCAGCUCCACUCAUGGCAGUCCUCAGCUGCUGCCCUUCUGCGUCCCGCCAAUGGAUGUAUCUGUCACCCCAAUGCCCGUACCAACUAGCACCCCAUGCACCCCAACUGGGAUGGAAAUGCACAUGUUUCCCAGACUGUCACUACUGAACCCCACCCCCUCUCUCCUGAAUCCCACUCCCUACAUUCUCGCUCCGCAACCCUUCCCAGACACAUUUCCCUCCGGGCAGAAGUCACAAUGCCAUCAGCAGGAAAGUCAAGGAGGAACGUGUUCCAGCAAGGGGCAGGCAGGAGAAGAGAGUGACGGCAGCCACACGGUGUCUAGCAGCAAGGAUCCCAAAGGUUCUGCUGAAGCAGCGCCAGAUUUCCUUACAUCUAGGCAGGCAUGCAGCCAGACUGUUCAACAAGCCUCACCAAGCCAACAGCAGCCUCACCACCUCCAGCAGGCCAACACCUCUCCCUCUAUUUCCCUGAGCAUUGGCCAGAUGGGCUCCAUCUCUCUCCCUAGCUAGGCGACUGAUGGGGGAGGUCAGGGACCAGGGAGAGCUAGCCCCACAUCCACUGCCUGAAUAUAUAUGAAUACUUUCUGGGGAGAGGGCUUUUGAUGGGCAAGACCCCCUUAUCCAGGCCAAUGAUCUUUCUAUAGGGGAGAUGGCCCAUGGCCAGAGGCAUAGCUUCUGCAUAAGCUUCAUUCUGAUCCCCCACUGGGUUAUUUCAAUUACUGGUGGUUUUAUUGCCAGGAUCACUUAACACAUUCAAUUAAUUUUUAACUAGUUCAUGCCAGAUGAAAGCCAGAGUUUUGUGAAAGAGAUUUGAGUGUUGUAUUUUAAGUAGCAUAUUAGUUGGUUUCUGACAAACGAUGUAAGCAUUUAAGUGCCUUCUUGAAGAAACGGGAUAUUGUGAAUUUCUGCCACUUCUAAAUAAAUGACUCUACAAUGAUGAAUGAAGAUACCGUUUUAGGGCAAAUAAAGAAUUUUAUCCAUUUACAA